UAGCUACAAGUCUUUCGACAGAAGGACCUUUCAGUGGUUACCAACUCCCAGUUUCUCAUUGCGGCUAAUAAACGCCUUCGAAAACCCACUGUCAUGGACGGCGGUGGAACUGACAAGGCUCCGCCGCCGGGGACCUCUGACGGUGGCGAAUUCCUCCUUUCUUUACUCCACAAGCAACAACACCAACCCCAAACACCACCACAGCAAUCAUCUGCCCCUCCAUUACCCUCUGUAGCUACGCCUUUCACCACUCUAUUACCUCAUCAUCAUCAUCGUCAGCAGCAGCAACAGCAACAGCAAUCCGUUGUACUUGAUCCUGCUGUUGCGGCCGUUGGCCCCACCAUCCCGUUCCUUCCCUCUUGGCCAUCCGAUGGUCGCGAUCUUCCCCAUUCUCCAUGGCCUCACAAUUUUUCACCUCCUUUUUCUCCAAAUUUUCUAGGGUUUCCCCAAUCCCCUUUGCCUGGAAAUAAUUUUCCUGGAAGUCAAGAAGUCAAUGAUUUGCAAAGAUUAGGGCUUUUGGGAAACAGUACGAUUCAUAGUUAUUCUCAGCAUAAGCAACCCGAGCAUGAACAACAACAGAAGCUACUGCAACUGCCAGAGCAGAAGCCUGUGUUUCCCUCUCGUGUGCAAACCGAUGGAAGUGAACGGAACGGAAAUUCUGUCCAUGACUCCAAGUUUAGAAGCUAUGGUGGUGAUAGUGGAUCGGAUAGGAAUAGGAAUAGACAAUUCAACUCACGAACAAAUUCUAGUUCCACUCAUAAUACAAAUGCCAUGAGACAUGGCAAUCUUGAUUUGCCUUACCAGCGGAAAGAAGGCGAUUGGGCGAGACAGCAGCACGGUGGUGGAAAUUAUAGGUCAAUGCCUCCACCAGGGUUUUCAAGCAAGCCCAGAGGUGAAGGGAAUCGGGAAUCUGGGAGUGGAACAAGAGAAUUUAAGCACAAUAUGAGCAAGGAAAAGGACAACUAUGGUGAAUUGAGCAACAGAAGAGCUUAUGCUAGUAAAAUUCUGAGCAAUGUGUCGCAUGAAGUGGGUCUAAUUGGCCAGCUUAAUCUCCCUGGCCCUCCUGCUGGAAGAACAUUUCAUAAAGAGGUUGUUGAAGAUGGGAACCGAGGUAGCAACACUAGGGAUGAUGGUGACCAUGAAUUGGAUGAUUUAAGUGAGCAGCUUGUUGAUUCUUUAUUGGUUGAGGAUGUAUCAAACGACAAGAUUGGAAAGAAGCAACAUCGCAACUCACGCGAGAAGGAUUCCAGAUCAGAUACCCGUGGAAAAUAUAUUCUUAGCCAAAGAAUGAGAAUACUUCGAAGGCAGAUGGUUUGUCGCAGAGAUAUUGACGGGUUAAAUGCUCAUUUUCUUUUAAUUUACAAGUCUCUGAUACCACCCGAGGAAGAAAAGGCAAAGCAGAAGCAACUGUUAACGUUGUUAGAGAAAUUAGUUUAUAAAGAAUGGCCUCAAGCUCAAUUGUACCUAUAUGGAUCAUGUGCCAACUCAUUUGGGGUGUUGAAAAGUGAUAUUGAUGUUUGCCUUGCAAUGGAAGAUGCAGAUACUAUCAAGUCUGAGGUCCUGCUAAAAUUGGCUGAUAUCUUACAAUCAGAUAAUCUCCAGAACGUGCAGGCAUUGACACGUGCUAGGGUGCCCAUAGUGAAGCUUAUGGAUCCAGAAACUGGAAUAUCCUGCGACAUCUGUGUAAACAAUGUUUUGGCUGUCGUGAAUACUAAGCUUCUUCGCGAUUACGCAAGCAUUGAUGAUAGAUUACGGCAGUUGGCUUACAUCGUUAAACAUUGGGCCAAGUCAAGAGGUGUUAAUGAAACUUACCAAGGAACCCUCUCUAGCUAUGCGUAUGUUUUGAUGUGCAUACAUUUCUUACAGCUGCGUAGACCUGCGGUCCUCCCAUGCUUACAGGAAAUGGAGGCAACAUAUUCCGUGACUGUAGAUGACAUUGAGUGUACUUUCUUUGAUCAAGUUGAAAAACUUAGCGGCUUUGGAUCCCGCAACAAGGAAACUAUAGCUCAACUGGUGUGGGCGUUCUUCAAUUAUUGGGCAUAUCAUCAUGACUAUGCAAAUACUGUUAUAUCUGUUCGCCAAGGUAGUGUAAUAAGCAAGCAUGAGAAAGACUGGACAAGAAGGAUUGGGAAUGAUCGGCACUUGAUAUGUAUAGAAGAUCCCUUUGAAAUAUCUCAUGACCUUGGCCGAGUCGUUGAUAAGUACAGCAUAAGAAUUCUGAGGGAGGAAUUUGAACGUGCUGCCGAAAUUAUGCAGUAUGAUCCAAAUCCUUGUGAAAAACUGUUUGAGCCAUAUGUUCCUUGCUGAAUCUUUUUCAGUCAUAGAUGGUACUUAAUUAUGGCUAACUUAUGGUCAAUUGUAAAGUCUCUUGUUGUUUAUCUUCUUCCCUUUCCUGGUCCUGAUGCUCCCAUUUGUAUUUUGGGUUUAGGGUUGUCACUCUCCAAUUGUAAGAAUAACUGGUUUGUGGAAGAUGGUGCAAGGAAUUUCCAUGGUAUAAUUAUUAAACUGAAUUAUUAAA